AUGGGUUUUGGGAGUAGAUGGAGGGCAUGGAUCAGAGAGUGUAUAACAUCAACAUCUAUUUCUAUUCUGAUUAAUGGGUCACCAACGAAACCGUUCAAGAUGAAGAGGGGGCUACGGCAAAGAGAUCCAUUAUCGCCAUUUUUGUUUGUCUUGGUGGUGGAUGUACUUAAUAAGAUGAUCGGAGAGGCGGUAAGGAACAGGCGUAUCUCUCCGCUGCUAGUCGGUAGCGAUAAUAUAGAGUUAUGGCAUCUACAAUUUGUUGAUAACACUAUAUUGUUCUGUCCGCCAGAAGAAGACACAGUGAGAAAUUAUCAGAGACUUUUGAGAUGCUUUGAAAUAAUGUCGGGGUUAAGUAUAAAUUUUGACAAGUCCAAUUUGAUCCCAGUGAAUUGCAGUCAGGAGUGGCCGGUUAUAGAUAAUGUGGAAGAAAAGCUUAGCUUGUGGAAAUCAAAGGUCCUUAGUAAGGCCGGAAAGCUGAGGAGAUUCUUUUGGGGGAAGGAAGAUGGACAACCUGGCAUGGCUCUUGUUAAGUGGGAGAUGGUCCAGGCACCGAAGAAGCUAGGGGAUUAUUCGUUAUGGAAGAAAAUUGUGUGCUCCUGCAACAACUUAAAGCCAGAUCAUCUGCUAUCAACUCAGGCUCUACCAGUGAGAGGAGACCCGUGGAGAGACAUAUGCCAGUUGCGAAUAAAGGACCAACAUGCUCGACAGAAGAUGAUUGAUGGACUGGCUAUGGAGGAACAGACUAUGGACGAUGAGAUUCUGAACUAUAGAUUUGCAAAUGAGAUUUGGAAAGGACUGGUCCCGCCUAAAGUAGAGUUGUUCACCUGGUUUAUCCUAAUAGGUCGGGUAAAUACAAAAGAGCGACUAAGAAGGUUCGGGAUCAUUGAAGGGAAUGAUAAUCUGUGCGUCUUGUGCAAGAAGGAGGUUGAAACUGUGCAACACCUCUUUGUUACUUAUGAGUACUCCUGGCAGGUCUGGAUUGGUGUGGUUCUUAACCCAUAA